CCACUUCCCCAUAUCGCAGAUUCGCAUACACUCAUGCAUAUAUAGAGCUUACACACGCACAAUCCUGUAGGAUUUAUGCAUACGUGCACUCAAAUCUCCCCAUUUGACCUAUUCUACAUAAUCUAGGCUAAUUUGUCAAUUCCAUUAUUGAUCGGCUCUGGCAUAGGCCUAUUUGUUUUUUCAUUUAGUGAUAGAUUGGCUAUUUAAUUAAAUUGCCUGAUAUCGGUGAGACUGUAUGCUACGAGCUGAAUUGGAGAUGAGAGGACGAGCGUCAGCUGUCAACCAGAUUCAGUCGGUGUUUUUUCUCUCUCGCCAUAAUCGUUUGUGCGUCGGUUUUCUUUUUAUCUGCGCCUGUUACACGUAACGCACUCGAUGUUAAUUCGGGGGAAUAUGUGAACAUCAUGCUGGCGGUGUGGUGCUUGGUCUUUGCUGCAGUGGGCGAGAGGUUUGCCGUGUCAGUUGGCAGUUAUCAGGCCUCCCGCGUUACAGGCGGCGGAAGGUCGACUUUGGUGCGGGAUGCGAGUUUGUGGGAUUGGUUCUCGCCAGAGGAGCGGGGAGACAGCAACGACAUUGCGGCCGAAGUCACCUAUCCAAAGCGUCUGGUGCAACAGAUGGAGUCGAAGGAAGAAAUGUCCCAUGGCUAUUUGGAUACCCGCGUGAAGAAUACCACGGGAGGCACCUCGCCAGUCCAUUUGGCCCAGAGUUGUUUCCAGGUGGAAACCUUCGGACACACCUUCACCCUGGACCUGGAGUUAAACCACAACCUCCUGUCCUCAGACUACGUGGAGCGGCACUUUCACCAAGACGGCAAACCCUCGCAGUCUAUGGGAGGGGAGCACUGCUACUACCAAGGGAGGUUGAGGGGCUUACCAGAGUCCUGGGCAGCUCUCUCCACCUGUCUUGGCUUAUGUGGUAUGUUUUCUGAUGGGAUGUUCUCUUAUGGGAUUGAGCCUCUUUUCGAUGGGACCAAUCAGACUGAGGGGGCCCACCUAGUGCGUAGGAUGCCUGAUGUCAGACUAUCCCCAGACUGUCAAGACUGCACAGACAACAGGGAGGGGGAUAGAGCCAGAGGUAAUGGUGAUGAGCAGAUGAAGGAUCCCCGGGUCAGUGAGGUGCUGAGGCGCUCUAAGAGACAGCUGCCACGCAGGCCCACGGUGCAGUCAGAGACCAAAUACAUCGAGCUGAUGGUGGUCAACGACUAUGAAAUGUUUGUGCAGCUGCGACGCUCCACUACCCAGGCCAGGAACUUUGCCAAAGCAGUGGUCAAUAUGGCUGAUGCAAUUUAUAGGGAACAGCUGAACACACGCAUCGUGCUGGUUGCCAUGGAGACCUGGUCGUCGGCCAACAUGGUUCCCGUGGUGACGGACCCGUUGACGACGCUGCAGAACUUCAUGAAGUACAGGAAGGACAGUAUUAAGGAGCAAAGUGACGUCGUGCACCUCUUCUCGGGGCGUACGUUCCAGAGCAGUCGCAGUGGGACGGCCUACACCGGAGGGGUGUGCUCUCUCACCAGAGGAGGGGGCAUUAACGAGUAUGGGAAUGUGGGUCCUAUGGCUAUCACUCUGUGCCAGAGUCUGGGUCAGAACAUUGGGAUGAGGUGGAACAACAUACGCAGCUCUGCGGGAGACUGCAGAUGUCCUGAUUCUUGGCUUGGUUGUAUCAUGGAAGACACUGGAUAUUACCUACCCAGAAAGUUCUCUCGCUGCAGUGUUGAUGAGUACAUCCAGUUCUUGCUCCAGGGGGGCGGGAGCUGCCUCUUCAACAAGCCCAACAAGCUGUUGGACCCUCCUGAAUGUGGGAACGGCUUCGUGGAGACAGGGGAGGAGUGUGACUGUGGGUCUCAGCUGGAGUGUGCCCGUAGUGGAGGGGCGUGCUGUAAGAAGUGUACCCUGACCCACGAUGCCAUGUGCAGUAGUGGACUGUGCUGCAGUGGGUGUAGGUAUGAGCUGAGAGGAGCGGUUUGCAGACAGGCUGUGAAUGACUGUGACAUCCCAGAGAGCUGCACAGGAGACUCCAGCCAGUGCCCUCAUAAUGUGCACAAGCUGGAUGGAUACAUGUGUGACACCAGUCAGGGUCGUUGUUAUAGUGGUCGGUGCAGGACUCUCGAUGGCCAGUGUAAGGGACUUUGGGGCUACAAUUCAGCAGACCGCUUCUGCUAUGAGAAGCUGAAUGCAGAGGGCACAGAGAAGGGCAACUGUGGGCGGAGUCCUGAGGGCCAGGGAUGGCUGCAGUGCAACAAGCCGGAUGUGCUUUGUGGUUUCCUGUUCUGUAUCAAUAUGACGGUGAAGCCAAAGUUUGGGGAUCUGGAGGGGGAAGUGACCAGCCUUACAAUAUACCACCAGAACAAGUACCUGGACUGCCGAGGGGGCCAUGUCCUGCUGGAGGAUGGGUCAGACCUGGGCUACGUGGAGGACGGUACGCCGUGCGGCCCCAACAUGAUGUGUCUGGAGCGCCGCUGUCUCCCCGUGGCAGCCUUCAACCUCAGCACCUGCUCCGGCUCCACGCUGGGACGCACCUGCUCUGACCACGGGACAUGCAGUAACGAGGUGAAGUGUAUCUGUGACAGGGACUACACCGGGAAGGACUGCAGUGUCUUUGACCCCAUCCCUGACCCCACGCCGCCUGCCAACACGGAGAAGAAAGGUCCCAGUGGCACCAAUAUCAUAAUAGGGUCCAUCGCAGGUGCUAUUCUUCUGGCAGCUAUAGUCCUAGGGGGGACAGGAUGGGGAUUUAAGAAUAUCCGAAGAGGAAGAUCUGGUGGAGGAUAAGAUGUCUGUCCGUCUGUCUGUCUUUGUCUGUCUGUUCCUGUCUUUCUCUCACUCUGUGAUGUUUCCAAGUCGGAGAAGAGGGAAAAAGAACAAGUCUUCCACUCCUGUCCCGAACCUCUCCAGACCUCUUCUGUUAACAUCUCCUCUCCUGUCCACUUCCUGUCUCUCCACCUGUCUAUCUCCGGCCCCUCCUGGACAGUGUAGCACCUCCCACAUUGCAUACCAGCCAAUUAUAUUAUCCAAUCAGGAUAAAGUCUUUGCCACGGACAGAAUGAGAAGGUUGUUGUUGGUCCCUAGAGGGGCGUCAGGGUCUUCCUGCUUUCCAGCGACUAAGUAGUAUGCACUUCGGUGUCUGCGUACUGUAGUUCCCUUUCCUUCCGCUUAUGACAGUCCAAUGAAGAACAUGUCAACAGUGGACAAAUUCAGUAUGAGACAUGUCUUUCCAAUGCUUGUCUGGAAACACACUUCUGGCCGCUGUUUGAGAAUGCUGGACUGGCCCAGACCUGCCAUCUGAAAAACAAUUUAAAUCAUAAGAUGUUGUCAAAGAAACACAUAAAAACAAACAUUGAUCAAAGACUCAAGUGGCCAUUGGAUCAGUUGAACUGCCCCUUUCAGAGAGUCCUUGUCUGGUGACUGGAUGACAACCCAGAUUCAGACAUUAUCUAGUUACAACAACACGGAUGUGAUUCAAGAAGAGUCCUGUAUGGGACAUGUUGUGUACAGGCCAUUUCCAAAGAAAGAAGAGCAACUUAUUGUGAGAAUGACUAUGAAACAAAAGCAGUAGACCGUUCAAAACAUCAUGGACUGAUGUAGGGUUUAUGUAGAUUGUUCAUUCUUUGUUCCUGUCUGUUGAUGUAGGAAGGGGGAGACCCAAUGGUUUUGGGAUCAUAUUUAAAAUGCAGCAGAGACCGUAACUCAGUGUUUUCAACCGUAGAUCUACCAACACAACAUUCCACAUAGUGUUAGUUAACAGAGACUGUCUGUAUGUGUCUGUAUUCUAUUCGCCACCUUCUUAAGAGGCCCAAAGUGUGUAUGGUAAAGGAGGUCGAAACUCGUGUGUGUGUGUGUGUGUGUGUGUGUGUGUGUGUGAGAGCGUGUG